GAUUGGUGCUCAGCUGUUGGACUCUAGGAUGCUGCCGAUAAAGGCUCCUUACUGCCCUGGGCUGGACAGAUGCAGGGCAGGGAAUCAUCUCUGCCUCUGGACCCUGGGAAAGUGCUCACUGCCUCUCUGAACAACACACAUCUGUGGCCUGCAAAGAGGAGCCAGACCUCGAAGAUGAAACAUCUGCCUCCCCAGUUCCCUUCCGUCCUGGUCAUCUACUGCGUCUGUAUGCUGAAGAUUCCCUCCUCAGGAGUUUCUCAACCUUUAGCCGAUUCUCCAGAUGGCUUGGAUAUUGCGGAGCUUGAGCAACUGGUAUACUUUCUGAACCAGUGGGAGACACUUUAUAACCAACCUAAGGAAAACCAGGAUGUGUACAAAAGGUUUUUAUUUCACUACUCCAGAGCUCAGAAGCCGACACAUCCCACUAACUCUGAGUUUGUGCCCGUGCACCCGUUGAUGCGCCUGGCUGCCAAGCUCUCCAGCAGAAGGAUGAAAAGAUUGCCGCAUCCAGAUUCCGGGGCUGCUACUGUGGACUUUCCUAAGAAGGGACCCACUUCUACCUGGGGGCGGCCAUUUUUCCUUUUCAGGUCAAGGAAUGGAAGAUACAUUAACAACAAAUUCCAGUAGACAGAGCAAGGAUUCCAAUGGAACAGGAGAGUUUGGAGCUUUGGAGGAAAUGCCGAGUUACUUCAUGUGUAUAUUGAACAAUAUUUCUGUUGUCCUAUUGCCUCCAGAAUACUUACUUGUAUAAAAAAUAAAUCAGCACUGAUACAGCAUCUUUACUUUUGUUGUAAGGCUGUGGGAAUAAACAUAUUACAU